AGGAAAAACAAGGUUAGAAGAAAAGAAAAGGGGAAGUUCAAGUUUCCAUUCGAGAAACACAUAAUAGCGAAUAACGGAAAUGGUUUUACUUGAAAUAGACCUUCACGGGGACGAAUUAACCAUUUCAAAGUUAAUUUUCUUUAGUUUGUUGUUAAAUUUGAUCACAAUUAAGAUUUAGGUAGUGACAAUUUUCCACUAGUUAGUUGGUAGAACCGCAUUUACCAUUUGCCUUUCAAUCAGCAAGUUUCGUCUCAACGAUCAACUUUAACGUUAGUUACUUUAAAUUUCUUUGUUACAAUUAACAAUGAUUUCUAAUUUGAUUAACUCUAAAUAUGGAUUUUGGGCUAAAGUGAUUCCAAUUGUAUUGUGUUCAUCAUUGUUGCUUGAUUACAGAACUUGGAUUCAAAAUGUGAUCAACUGGUACAAAGAAACAAUUGAAAAAGGAGAUCAACGGGUAAGUGAUUGGCCUUUGAUGGCAUCUCCGUUUCCAACAAUUACAUUAACUGGAUUAUAUUUGUACUUCGUUAAAAUUGCUGGACCUCAAUGGAUGAAAGAUAAACAACCUUAUGAUCUCAGGAUUUUCAUGAUAAUUUACAAUUUUUCACUCGUAAUUGCCUCUGGAACUAUGUUCAUAGAGAUGGGACGAUUGAUUGAAUGGGGUAAAUACAGUUUCCAGUGUCAAUCGGUGGAUUAUUCAAAUGAUCCGAUUCCAAUGAGAAUGUGUGUCGUCGGUUGGUAUUUCUUGAUGUCAAAGUUUGUCGAGUUCAUUGAUACGAUAAUAUUCGUCCUUCGAAAAAAACACAAUCAGAUUUCGCCUCUUCAUGUUUUCCACCAUUCAGUGGUUCCACUUACUCUUUGGAUCGGAAUGAAAUACGCACCCGGCGGGAACAACGCUUUUUUCCCGUUCCUUAAUUCUGGAGUUCACACAAUCAUGUAUCUUUAUUACGGGUUAUCCGCUUUUGGCCCUUCGAUGCAAAAAUAUCUUUGGUGGAAAAAGUAUUUGACUAAGUUACAGUUAAUUCAAUUCACUUUGGCGAUGGUCCAUGGAUUAAGAGCAUUGGUUCAAGAUUGUCAAUUCCCUCGAUCUUUUCUCAUCAUGAACAUUUUCCAUGCGGUUCUCUUUUUCUAUCUCUUUUGGUCGUUCUAUCGACAAUCGUACGAAGCAAGAUCCAAAUUGUCAUCCCAGUCAUCGACUUCUCCGUCAUCAUGUUCAUCUAAAGGACUUUCCGUCUCAGCAUCUUCAGGCCCUGACGGAGCUUCGACUUGCGCUCGAUUUGGUGAUGUUACAAUAACGGCUUCAGUUACUUACCACACAAACGAUUCUAGCGACUGUAACAACAAAAUUAAAUCCCAAUAAUCGUGUCAUAAUCAACUCGAAAUUGACUAAGCAACAAUAAGUGAAUAAUCUGUGAUCUAAAUAUGUUAUAUUGAUUUGUUUUAUUUUAUAAUAAAAUUGACAAUUUUUAAUUUAAUAUGAGCUUACAUAUUAUUGUACGAGAGAGACAGUUUAAGAGUUUUAAUCAAAUUAAUCGAUACUAAAUUGUUGAACCUUGGCUUUGGUUGAUUUUUAGAAAGAGAUACAGAGAUCCAUCAAUAUCCAGGGACUGGGACAAUGGGACUGAUUUUCUCAAUGAUUCCUGAAAAAGGAAGAGUCAGUUAGCCCUCUUUCUUUUUCUCUUUCUAACUAUUACGACUGUGACAACGUGGUCACACUAACGACAAUCGAUUAAGUCAUUCACAUGAGUUCCAUUAUUUGGUUGUUCACUGUAAAUCUAAAAAACGAUUAGUAUGCAAAAGGAAACUUUCGUUAUAAGUUUUCUAUUAUACGAUUCGAAUUGCCUACAAAAAGAUAGAAAAUAAUAAACCAUAAAC